AUGUAUACCACGACGAUCCUCACCACGCUCCUUGCCACUCUAGCAGCAGCCUCGCCCUACCCACGUCAAACACCAGUCCAAACCAACUUUCUGCUUGUAGCGACCUCCCAAUGUCCAUCCACAUCCAACUCUUCCGCCCUAGCAGAUGUCUCAGCAACGUCCUUAUUCGACCCUUUCAACCAAAAGAACUACCUUCUCCGCCUCAUAGCACCAGGCUACGGCAGCCUCCCACGCUUCAACCUCACGAACGGUGAUUUGCAGUCUGUUGCUCCCGGAAUCGAGGGUGUAGGAGUAUAUGAGUACAAUUCGACUGGUGGUGUUGCCGAAGGAGAUGAGUUGAUGUUCUCGCCGAGUGCGGAGCCGGCGGGCAAUCUGGCCUUGAAGAAUGGGUAUCUGCUUACCGUUGAUGGCGAGGAGGAAGGUUGGACGAUCUGUGAUGGGCAGCUGGAGGAGAGUGUGAUCUACUGGAAAGGCAACGAUUCGAGUUGCGAGCUCACAUAUAUUCAUGCUGUGCAGGAUGCGCCGUACUAA